GCUCAUCUCAAAACAGCUACUGCCUGAACUCACCCGCGGUCUACAGUCUACAGCAGCGUGUCUCAUUAAUUCACUCAAACAGUCACUGCCCGGCUCUUCCCUCUCAGCCGUGACUUAAUCACGCACAGAAAUCUACGUCGUCUUCUCUUUGACAGCAACGUGAUGUGACGCCGUUGGGACCUACGCGCGAAGCCAGGGGCUCGUGCGGCGCACGUCGCGUCAAUUCAGACGCGCCCCUGGCUGUGGCCUGGCUUACAAUCCAUAUUUCAUCUAUUUCAUCUCCCUCCCCACUUCGAUUCGUUUUCUAGCUACUCCCAGACUCUCCAAGCACAAAACCAGUCAUGAAGUCAAGAUCCCUGCGUCCGCCAGACAUUGUCUUGCCUUGUCCCUUCCCGGAAGCGCAACUCCGCUCCGGCGCUCAGCUACCCCUGCAAUCGCCUGCUCCUCUUCGCACUCCCUCGCUAUCCGGCCCGCCGCCUCUUCCCCAGGCGCGGAGGUCAUCCUCCAGAUCGUCCUCGACUUCUGCACUCAUGUCCCUUUCUAUGACCUCGAGCACCGGCCCUGCUUCCGCCGCAGCACCUUCCUCCAAGCGCGUGAAAACCGCGUAUCCUCCCGUGACCCCGAUCCGCCCACAGCCAGAAUACUUCAGAGAUGUGCCCUUCACACCGUCCGCCGAUGGCUCAGUCUGUGAUCCUCUUCAGACUUACGCUUUUUCUUCGAACGAAUCAUCAAAUUCCGAGGACGACGAUGACGACAGCUCCGUCGCUCCCGAACCCGACACUCCCGACUCGGCCGUCUCACCUUCUUCAUCGACUCCGCAGCAGUCAUGGACAGCCAAGCAAGAUUCCCUUAUCCGCAGGGCCAUUGACACGCACCUCAACGAUCCUCGUAUUGCCCCCUUUCCAGGCUCGACGCCUCCUCCGAACCUCCUCCAUCGCAUGGCUAAAUACGCAGUCAAAACCGCUCGAGCAGAGCAACUCGACAUGCCGCAGUCUGUCUCCGAAAUUCGGAAACGAAUCACAGUCUUGAUCGCCGAAUCGAACGCCGACAGCAAUACAAACGAGCCAUUACCUAGUCCCGCUUUGCGAAGCAUCGGCAGCGGCCCUAUCCGAUACCUCACCGCGCGCGCAAAUAGCAUCAGUGCUGCCGCGAGUGCGUCAUAUUUUCCGAUGCCUUUAAAAUCUCCGUUUCAUGAGCACAACAGUAUGCUCUUCCCAAAUCAUGGGAAGCGUAAACUGGAUGACCUGCAGCCUCCUAUUGAUCCGAAAGAAUCUCUUGAGCUCUCAGACGAGAAAGCCUCAAGUGCUUAGCUAUUGGAUCUUUUCAGUUUUUGUCAUUGUUAAUUGGGUUUUCUUGAGCGUUUGGUUUAUUUUCGUACCCGUCUUGUAUCUAUCAUUUGGUCAUAUCAACCCCGAAUUUUGUUUCUUUUGGAGAUGCUGAUGAGGUUGCGACUUUGUUUACUUCGUCUAUUUCAUGCUUGUUUCCCGUUUAUCAUGUCACUCGCUCCUCGCAUAUGUUCUGUUAAAUCACAUA